AUGGCUGCCACACUGCUUGGGGAGGAGCCACGGUUGGGCAGCACCCCGCUGGCCAUGCUGGCCGCAACCUGCAGCAGGAUUGGGGAGCCCAGUCCCUCGUGCUCCCCUGCUGUUUCCGAGGGAGCCCCCGGACUCGUCAAAGGGUUCCAUCCGUGGAGAAGGAGCUCGCAAGUCACCAGCAACUUGGGUACCUGCCUCACCUCGUUUGGGGUUUCUUCUGGGACCUCCAGGAGUAGCAGGACCGGACUGACUGACGCUUCUAGCGCUUUCACUGUGACAGCUGCUACUUCUUCUUUAGGGAAUGAUUUUUCGAUGUACCAGACCGCUGUGCCACCGGACAACUGCGUUCCCAAUUCCGCACACGCACAGCGGCCCGUGCUUCUGACCAAAUUUCCCUCCUCGGUGGAAAGCAUAGCCGGGAUAUAUCCGAGGAUGCAUGCACAUCCCUAUGAUCCAUGGUUCAAACCCGUGGGGGAUACUGGUAACGGGCCUCCUGCUUGGUGGGAUAUGGGAAGCAGCUGGGUGGACGCACAGAACACAGUCGGGUUACCCUCUCCUUUGAGCAGCUACACCAGUGACUACAGCUCUAACUUCAGCCCCGGUGCCUCUCAGCACCUGCUCCCCGCGGCGCAACAUCUCUUCGACGGCUUCAGACCACCUGUUCCCGCAGCCUACACAGAGCCUCCGGUCACGGCGGCACCUCCUCUCACAGGUUCCCCAGUCGUUUCUUUGCCCCCAUCCUCCCGCUCCUCCUCACGGCGCUACUCCGGUAGAACCACUUGUGACUGUCCAAACUGCCAAGAGGCGGAGAGCCUCGGCCAAGGGCGCACGAGUCCCCGGCGGAGGGGCUUGCACAGUUGCCACAUCCCAGGUUGUGGUAAAGUUUACGGCAAAACUUCGCACCUGAAGGCCCACCUGCGCUGGCACACCGGGGAGAGGCCGUUUGUCUGCAACUGGCUUUUCUGCGGGAAACGCUUUACGCGCUCUGACGAGCUCCAGCGGCACCUGCGCACACACACCGGGGAGAAGCGAUUCGAGUGCUCCCUCUGCCACAAACGAUUCAUGCGCUCUGACCAUCUCAGCAAGCACGCAAGGACACACAGCCCGGAGGACGGCGGGGAGCCGGGGCUCACGAAGGGCACCAGCGACACGGACAAUAGCGGCAGCCCGAGCCCUGGACUGAGUCUGCACAGCACCGAGGGACAGAGAGCGGUGCAAUAA